ACGAGUCAACUUGCAUCGCGUACCCCCACAAACACGUUACUCCGUACUUUGGAUAGGUCGAAAAUGAUGAUACGCGCCGCUGAGGCUUAUCUUCUCACUGCGCUUCAUGCACUCGAUUUAACAUUGUGGUAAGUACGGUACUGCAUCUAUACUGAAUAUGUACGCGACUAUGUGCGUGCAGAAACGUACGGUUCUACAGCACCGGUUGGAAUAAUUUUACGCGCAUGAUGCAUUUUACCAUAGAUGCAUUCACGCUCUGUAUGUCGUAACAUCACUUUACUCCGCCAUUAUUACUAAUUGCUAGAGCCUAUAAAUAUGACGAUCUCCACAAAGCGUCAGUUCUGAUCGAACAUGCUUUGGCGGCUCUUCGUGGUUCUGAUAUUAGGCGGUUUCAUCGCCAUUUGUUGUUGCGAACCCGUGAACAGAAAUCGUUUACUAAAAGUUGCGGGGACAAACGAGUGUGCCGGCAAUGAAGGUGACAUCUCCAUGUGUAGAACUAAGGAGUCGGCCAAUACUCCUUCGCCAAGUAGCGGGAAUCGAACGCAAUCCAGCAGGGAAGCCCGAACUCUCCUAGAUGAUGUUAAUGAUGUUAACGACGUGGCUGAAGUUUCUGCUCGGAAAAGGAAAAGAAGAAACAAUAGACUAAUAUUUUACAUCAUAGCUGCUUUGAAAGCAGCGCUGGUCUAUGGAUUACUACACGGCGUUGCAGCUCUCGCAGGAAAGGCAAUAUUGCUUGCCAAAAUAGCUUUAGCGAUUGCCAUUGCUUCAAUUCUAAAAAAGAAUGAUCCCGACAAAGUUUCUUAUGAAAUAGUGAAGCAUCCACAAACCAGCUACAUACAAACCCAUAGUUCAAGUGUCGAUUACGAUCACCGUAGUGAUUACAAUGAUGACCGUAAUGAUUAUACUUACGAGCGUCGAAAUGAUUAUGUUUACGGACAUCGAAAGCGACGACACCUUAUAUUUCAAUAUAAAUAGAUUUUAAUUAAAAAUUGACAACCAGCAAAUAAAAGAAAUUAUUCAUAAAGUCACUUAUAUAAAUUUGUUUACAAAUCAAAGUAUUUACAAAUUCAAGACUUAUCAUGCUUUAUCACAGUUUAAUAUUUUGAAAAAGACAACAGCAAAAGUUACCAAAGAUGUGCUUUAAAUAUAUAUUUGACGUAAAAACAGCUUUAAUUUAGACAAUAUGUAAUAGAAAAUUUAUUUGUACAUCCACAGUCGUAUAAAGCCCAUUCUACAUUAGUCGCAGUCGUACGCUACGAAUUAACUAAGAGUAGAAUGACCUUAAUAACAA